ACAGACAGAAACGGAGCCAAUAGACAGAUGGCCGGGUAGUUGGCGCUGUUGUAGAUGUCGUUGAAUCGUCGCUACAUUCGGAUAGAUUAAAAAUAUAAGUUAGAAGCCAUUGACAGUUCUUUGUCAGUCGAAGUCCAGCAACAAAAGCCACCAUAUCCCGUUCGGACUCAGAUCUAUCGCCACCUGAAACGGAAGCCAAACAGCAACUCAUCAUGGUUCAGAUAUCUCAGACGGAGGAUGAUAUUAAAAUAUCCAUUGAACUCAAUCGACUGGUGACUCGCAAGCCAGACGUGGUACUGCUUCCUCAGUAUUUAAAAUUCAACAAUCCGCCCAUUUUCUUCGAGCGCCACUUGGUUCAGGAAAUCGACGAAAUGGCCAGUUUUUGUCGCAUUUUUAAAAACGAAGCUCGUAUUGUGCUUGUUAAGAAGGAAAAAGGUCUGUGGCCGGAGAUGUUCCAGAAGCUGGACAAGGAAACACUCCUGCAGAAGCGCCUGGAGAUAGCUGAUCUGAUCGUGGAGCGAAACAAGAAGCGGGAUGAGAUGGCCCUGGAAAGGUUCGAUAAGAAACGGCGGGCGGAAAUAGAAAAGGAGAUUAAACGGGAAACCGCUAUGAGAGAACGGCUGAAGCAGUUCCAGGAGACGUCUGUCCGGGACGCCCUUGUGGUAGAUGUUCGAAAGGAGGUCAAAACCAACCCUAAUCCCCCUUCCGAUCGCCUUGCUACACCUCUUAUACGGCAACCCAUGUCCGCCAUCCGAGGCAGUGGGCGGAUCAAUGUGUGCUUCACAACUCAGCACAAGCGGAGCACACCCAAGCGGGAGUCGCAGUCCAAUAUGGAGACGGCUUAUGCCGCCGCCGGAGGACCCAAUGCGGCCGGUAACUUGCCCAUGGAAAGCCUCGACGAUUAAAUAUAAGUUUAUGUUUAAAUAGAGCGUCUGUUAAACAAUGCUAAUGUUUCCUAUUUAAUAUAAUAAAUCUUCGCGUGUUUUUGCAUUAAA